AUGGAAGUAGAAUAUGGAGAAGAAGUUGACACCACCACCCCAAGAUCACCAUUUUGGCUACAAAGCAGUACCACCAACACGACCCGGAUUCAACGCAGCCUCUCGUCCCUUUUCUUCAACUCAUUUGUACUGAUAAUGUGCUUGCUGGUGUUCGCGGUAGCGUCUAUGGUCUACAUUAUUAUUCCGUCUAUUAUAAUUCAUCACUCAUCAUCAUCAUCAUCAGCUCAUGAUGAUGAUGAUGAUCACAUGAUUAUUUUUAAGCCAAAUUAUUAUAUGUUUAAAACAAGCAGUUGGGAUUCCAUCAACUUGCUUUUGGUUUUCAUUGCUUUGCUUUUCGGGUUUCUGGCUCGUAACAUUAACAAUGAUGAUGAAAACAUGAAAUCUCUUGACAAUCCGAGUGACCCGGCCGGAGCUCCGAUCAAUUCGCCGGAAAAAUUAGUUCCUCAUCAAUGGUAUGAUCUCAACGAUCAGGAUUUCAAAUCUAAUAAUGGGUUAAGAAGGCAAAGGACUAGCAGUUCUUACCCUGAUCUCCGGGAACUUUCGCCGCCGUGGAACCACAGUGAUGCUGCCGUGGAUCCAUGGCGGUUUCCAGAUGAUACCCAUUUGAAUUAUUAUCAGGUUUCGGAGUCUAACAGGAAUUAUCUCCGGCACCGGAGCCGGCGAUACCAGCCGUCGGGAAUUCAAGAAAAUUUAUCUACUCCGUCAUUCCCACCGUUGCCGGAACAGCCAGCUCAUGCGGUGAAGAAAAAGAGUAGAAGGGUGCAUCAUAGUGUUGGCUUAGAAGGCGGAUCCGGUACCGGGUCGCCGGAAGUAGAUUCGUUGGAGAAAAAAGUCGGGAGAGGUGAGAGGAAAAGAGGUACUACAGGAGAAAAGACAAGAGCUAGAAGCUCUGAACCUAGUCGAGUAUUGUCGCCGGUUAUAGGUCUGUUGACGGAGCCGUCGUCACCGCCUCCGGUUUCGCCGUUGAUUGAACGGAAAAGAAACAGUGGCAAUGCAACUAAAGAUUUGUUUUCAUCUUUUUAUCAUAAGAAGAAAAACAAGUUGCAACGGCGGAGGAGUGUGGACAAUUUAGGUGCUCUUAUUUCACCCAAUUCUCGACCGUUGGCACCCUCUCCAUCCCUACCGUCUUCGUCGGAUAUCAACAACUUGAUUCAAUUUAAAAAAGAAAAUAAAAAGAAAUUUUUAUCAGUCACAUUUGGCCCUCCAACGCCACCACCCCCGCCACCUAACGCAAAUCGUGCACCACGACCCAGCGUGACCCGAGUGGCACCGUUUGUUACUGACAGACCCAAAGUACCAUUGAUGUUCACAGGUUUAUUAAAUGGCAUUAUUGAUGAUAGCUCGAGUGGUGGAGAAUCCCCAAUGAAGAAUAUUCCACCGCCACCACCACUACCACCAUUUAAGAUGCCGGAUUGGAAAUUUGCGGUAGAAGGUGACUUUGUUAGGUUUCAAAGUACACUAAGCUCCCGGAGCGUGUCUCCUGACGGCGAGGAAGCCCGGUCUCCAUCGUCAGAUAUGGAUGCCACGGCGACAACUACUGCUUUAACACCACCCCUUUUCUGUCCUAGCCCGGACGUGGACACUAAAGCUGAUAGCUUCAUUGCCCGGUUCAGGGCCGGACUAAAGCUUGAAAGAAUGUCCAAACUUGGCCCAGGCGCAGACUUAGACCCGAAUGCAAGUUAA